AUGAAUACCUAUUCGCAAGAACAGCCACCAUCAUAUGGUAAGUUUCAAUCUAUAAAUCAAGACAUAAGACUCAUCACUUUUUCUAUAGCGGAAGUAGUAGAAAAACUUACAUACCCUGCUUCUAAUAGUCGAGCAGCAAUAUAUACAACGCCAUCAUCACAAGAAAUUGAAAAUGUCUCACAUACAGCAGUAAAUGUAACAAUGCCGAAUAAUCAUGAAAUACAAUUCUUUCCACCGACUCCAAUAGGUCAAGAACCAGUACAAUGUACUUGUCCUAACUGUCAUUCAUUUAUUAGAACCAGUGUUAGGCACAGAGAUGGAUUAUUGGUUUGGCUUUCAUGUGGUGUUUUAAUCUUCGUUGGUUGUAUAUGUGGCUGCUGUCUUAUACCAUUUUGUAUUCCUAAUAUAAAAAACUAUCAACACUAUUGUCCUCAAUGUAAAGCAGUAAUUGGUGAAUAUCGUCCUUUAUAA